GCCCGGGCACAGGCCAGGUGUUCGGGGCUUCGGGCGCCCCUCCACUCCAUUCUCAACACGCCCCCACGCCGUACCCACCACAAUGUGACGGGCGACCUUUCCAGAGCGACGCCGCUGCUCGCUGUUAGCCAAGGAAGCCAGACACCCGGCCAUACCAAUUACCAAAACCACUCAUCAGGUCGCGUUGCCAGCCGCACAAACCAAGACAGACCCCCCUAAUCUCUCUGGCAUCGCGGCUCGUGCUAAGCUAAUCGAGGCGCCCCCAACCACCUCUGGCCAAGAUCUCGAUAAGGACUAGCCCAUGCUUAGCCUUUCAUUUGUCCUCUUCGCUUCUCUGGAUCAACCUGCCAAUGCGCGUAUCGGUUGGAGUAGAUAAGCGGCGCCAUGGGUAUGAGGAGCAGGCACCCAAAGGCGUUGGGUUUCCGCUGCCACCCGGCAAGCCACCGGUCCCUAACUCUGGCACUAUGGAGCCUAGCGGCAUUGGUCGUCGUUGUGAAUUUCCAUCUUCUCAUCGUUCAUAAGGAGGACGAUGAGAGUAUGAGCACACACGAGAUCCGCCGAUCGAUUAUGAGGGAGCUGGAGGUGGUGGAGGAGGAGAAGUUCCGGCUAGCUCCUCCCCGGAGCCGGAGGAAUCCCCGGGCUGUGCGCCGCAAGGGAGAGAAGAAGAAGCCUACAAUAGUGGAUGAGUUCCUGGAUGAGUCUUCGGCUGUGCAUGACAUGUUCUUCCCAGAACUGAAUACGGCUGUAGAUCCAAUCAAUGGUGCAAAUGGCAGCAAGUACUUCUACUACCCAGGCAGAAUUUGGUUGGACACUGACGGAAAACCAAUUCAAGCUCAUGGAGGAGGUGUCCUCUAUGAUAAGAGGACCACCACCUAUUUCUUCUACGGGGAGAAUAAGGAUGGCAAAACCUACAGAGCUCAUAGGAAGGGAGCAGACAGGGUUGACAUCAUUGGAGUAAGUUGCUAUUCUUCGAAGGACCUGUGGACAUGGAAAAACGAAGGGCUUGUCCUCCGUGGCGAGGAGAAGAAUGUAACACAUGAUCUUCACAAAUCCAAUGUCCUGGAGAGACCCAAGGUGAUAUACAAUGAUCGGACUGGCAAGUAUGUGAUGUGGAUGCACGUAGAUGAUGCUAACUACACCAAAGCUUCAGUUGGUGUGGCCAUCAGUGACUCUCCGACAGGCCCAUUCACUUACCUCUACAGCAAGCGUCCGCAUGACUGUGAGAGUAGAGACAUGACCAUCUUCAAGGAUGAUGAUGGGAAGGCCUACCUGAUAUACUCUUCCGAGGACAACAGCGAGCUCCACAUUGGCCCGCUAACCGAUGACUACCUUGACGUCACUGAUGCCAUGCGAAGGCUUCUCAUCGCGCAGCAUCGAGAAGCUCCUGCGCUCUUCAAGCAUGAAGGCACCUACUAUAUGGUGACCUCUGGCUGUACAAGCUGGGCUCCAAAUACUGCGCUGGCCCACGCAGCGACAUCAGUGAUGGGACCUUGGGAGACACUGGGGAACCCCUGUGUGGGAGGGAAUGAGGUCUUCAGAUCAACGACAUUCUUCUCCCAGAGCACAUUUGUCUUGCCAGUUCCAGGGCUGCCGGGCUCAUUCAUCUUCAUGGCUGAUCGGUGGAACCCGUCUGAUCUUAGAGAUUCGCGGUAUGUUUGGCUGCCUCUGACGAUCGGGGGAGUCCCUGAUGAAGCCGCAGACUACAGCUUCAUGUUCCCUCUCUGGUCCCGGGUGUCCAUUUACUGGCACAGACGGUGGCGUCUCCCUGAGGAGUGGAGGGAUUAUUGAAACUCUGAAGUUUCUUUUUUUUUCAUAAGAAUCGAAGGUCUUAUACGCUGUUACAUUGAUAGAUACCAAAGUAAAGUAUUGACAUUUGACACGUUGGUCUACAUUGUAUAGGUCAGAUGUAGAUGCAGGGUUCGUAAAUGUUUAGUUUUUUGAGUUUGCACUCAAAUCAAAUAAAACUAUUGUGGCCUUUUGGGCGAGGUAGUUUCUAGAAUAAUCUGUCUGCAUUGGUCUUUU